GCGCCUUAAAUCUUGAUCUCACCUCGACUCAACAGUCUGGAGGGUGGGGGUAAGGCUAGUCUGGGCGCGCUUCGAGCCACCGAACGGAAGGCAAUCUGCUCGAAUCCGGCGGACCGCGAGCAGGUUACCCCGUGUACUCGUGUUACAUCGUUCUCCUUUUUUUUUCUACGUUCUCCCACACUGGCUUCUUGGUACGUAACUUUCCUACUCGCGCUCGAGUCGAAGGUUACGAAAAAAAGGUGGACCGGUCAUCGUGCAAGACGACCGAAAUCAAGAGGAAUCGCGUGUCCGAAAUUACUGUCAAGUGAAUGGUCCGAGAGGUGUUCGAGCCUCGAUCCAUGGCGUUACCAGAGAGAAGCAACCGGAACCGACUACUAUAUCUCAGACAGACAUCGAUCGCAGCCGGAAGAUGCUACCAAUGAAGAGAAAAGUCUAACGAAUGUAUGUACUUACAUAGAGGCUCGUUUUAAGGACAGAGGCGGAAGACCGAAGCGAUAGAGCGAACGAGGUCGAAAUCGAAGGACAAGUAGAAAGACUGUCGUUACCUGAAAUCUGGAUGUCAGCUGGAUGCGAGUAGACGUCGCUGUUCCCGCGAGGCUCUAGAGGGUGGGGGUGAAGCUAGUCGUUGGCGCGCUUCGACAGCCCGAACGGAAGGCAAUCUGCUCGAAUCCGGCGGAGCGCGAGCAGGUUAUCCCGUGGUAGCGCGUAGCUCGUCGGUCGUUAUUGGAGAAGGGAGCACGGGUCGGACAGAAGGAGAAACAGAGAAGCGUGGAACCCGAGAGAAAGAAGAGCGAGAAUCGGAGCGAAAGACAGCGGUAGAGCGAGAGAGAAAGGGGAGAGAAGGAGCGAGCGAAGAGAGGCGGAGGGUGGGAAGGUAGAGAAGGGCACACGUCUAUAGGUAGUCACGAGCUUCGACGAAGCGCCUGCGCUCGCGAGCACUUCUCGCCGUUACCUCCUCGCAUCGACCUCGUCCACGUAGACGCGACAGCCGACGUGAAAGCUCGCGUUGCGAUGAAUCGCGUUCGCCGACGGACCGUCAGACAGGAUGUCAUUCAGCUUCGUUAAUCGAACGCAGGAAACCACGCCGGACCCUGGCGUCGAUUGCGCUCGCGCGCUUCUGCGCCAGCGCGAUACACACGCCGACCGCCGCAUCUUGUGACACCGUGAGUGGCUAAGCGUGCACGAGGACCGACCUCGUUGCCGUCGUUGAACGUCCGGGGCCGUACGUGCCGGAAGACUGUUGUCCUUCGUUCCGCGGUUCGCUUUUCAUCCACCUAUACGUAGGAUCCGUUGUCGGUGUGCUAUCUGCUCUGACUCGAGAACGUCGUGAUGACACUCGUGCCUCGGUAAGACACUGGAACUGGUGAUUCGAAACUCGUCCAAAUUCAGCGUAAAAUCGCUACGAUCUUUACGGACGUCGACCUGCGACAUCUCGAGUAUAUCGGCCAACUUCUUUCCCCGAGAGAAGAAGACACGGGAAGACAGGGGUGCGAGAAGAGAGAUCAGGAAACGUCGGGUGCAGGAAACGGCGAGCAUCCGUCGGAUACGAAGGCAGGAAGAGAAACGACUCUACCAUAGGGACGGUGUAGCUACAGAAGUGGAGGCAGAAGGGGAGGAAGAGGAGGAGGAGCUGGUGCCCGGUGUGGAGGGGGUGGAGGUGAUCGUCUGGUGAUGAUGAUCGGUGGCGGCGUCGCGACCCCUCCUGGUACUGCCAAGUCGGCGGCUGCGAUCGACAGCGAAAUGGUGCAGGUCGACGGCAUUGGCAGUGGUAGUGUCAGUGGCAGUGCUAGUGGUAGUGGUAGUCCUGCGACAGGCGCGACUACUACACGUAUAACCAACAGCAACAACGCUGGCGGCAAUAAUAACAAUAACAACAACAACGGGGACGUUGCAAACAACAAUAACAACAACAACAACAAUAACAACGAAGGUCACGCGGUGGUGAACUGCGCCAGCGGCCCCGCAGCGGCGACCGACAAAUUUUGCUGUCACGACGACGAUGCACCCGUCAGCACCGGCGUCACGCGUCCUUGGGAACCACCCUCGCCGACCUUCUCGCAGACGAGGUCGCAUCUGUUUCAGGUCCAUCCACCGCACCAUCAUCAGCAUCCAGCUGCGCAUCACCAUCAACAGAUGACCGUGCCUCCAGUGUCUUUGAUCGACGGCGUGAGCCUACAAAACUGUACCGCGGGACCAUUCGCCAGCGGCAACGGUGGUGGAACCAGCCGUCAACGAUUGCUCGAACUAUCGCACGGAUUAGGAGCUUUGAGGCACUACAACGAUCUUGCCAAUCAUGUGCUGUCGCUGAAUCAACAAGGGGCGGUCGUCACCAAACUUCUGGGUACGUUGCGCCCGCCGGGUUUAAUCGGUGGCAGCAAGCCAAAAGUUGCGACGCCAGCCGUCGUCGCUAAAAUCGAACAAUACAAGAGGGAAAAUCCGACGAUCUUCGCAUGGGAAAUUCGAGAGAGGCUCAUCUCCGAAGGCGUUUGCAGCAACGCGACAGCUCCAUCCGCCUCUGCGUCGGCUGCUGGAACGGCGGAUCACUCUCUUCACGCGGACGCCAUCGCACGAGGCUACUUGCAAGACGGUGACGGAGAUGAAGGAAGCCUGGAUGGGUCGGAGCAACCGAAAUUCCGACGAAAUCGUACCACCUUCAGCCCGGAACAGCUCGAGGAGCUCGAGAAAGAAUUCGAGCGAUCUCACUAUCCUUGCGUGUCUACGCGCGAACGGCUAGCCUCUAAGACCUCUCUCUCGGAAGCUCGUGUACAGGUUUGGUUUUCCAACAGACGGGCAAAGUGGCGUCGUCAUCAGCGAAUGAACCUCUUAAAACGUUCGCCACCACCACCNCCGCCGCCGCAACCGCAUUCCGCAUCCGGUAUGGAAGUAAGCCGUGCGUCAAGCUGCUCAAUCGCCGGAAUGGGAGGAGAAAGUAGCGCGUUCCGGGCCGUCGUGACCAACUCCUCGUCAUCCAGAGAGGCCGCGGAACGGAACGAGAGAAUCGACAGGGUCGAUUCCAUCACCAAACAGCCGGAAAGAAAGCCGAGCGCCUUUAGGAUGAUCAGUCAACUCGUCGGUGACGAUUCGCCGAGUAUAAUCAAGUCCUCGAGUCCGACCUACGAACAGCAGAGGCACGAGACUAACGUUAGAUCGGUGAUUGAAUCCGAGUCUGCGAACAACAAGGAAUUUGAGCGGAUCGAGGUUGAAGAGGAAGACGAGGAGAUCGACGUGCAAGAUUCGGACCAAGACGUUGCUUCUUCGCCGACCGUUGCAUGGCGGGAUCAUUGGACGGAACAGCAACCCUUGGAAUUGACGAAACACGAUCGUUGAAAUCGUUCCAACUCGAAACUAGGUGGAACGAUCGAAGAAAUUGUGCUCGUAUUAGAAACGUUUAAAGUAACAAUGAGUUUUGCGUGAAAUCUUUUGCCACCGAAUAUCGUGAUUUAGCACAUGCCUAGUGUCCACGAUCGAUUGUGAAUCAGUGAUAUAUGAAAAAAACGUUGCUGCGAGAGAGAACGUUCAAGUGUAUCGAUCUAAUAUGUGCGCGAACAAGAAAUCUCGAGAUCCGUUUAUAUCGAUCGAUCGUGAUCGUAGUAGAAUUCGCGUCGAAUUCGAACAGUGACUGUAACUAUUGCUUAAUCUCAUAGAAUUUCAUUACACAAGAACAGAAGACUGACGAGAUCGUUUCGUUAAACUUCAAUUCGUGUGUCUCGCUUCGACAUGUCCUCGACUCUUCAUCGUUCAUGUCGAGUGAUACGUCCCUAGUACCUAUCCAACUACUUACUACGAUUACGAUCCAUUUAUUACAAUUAAGAUUACGAUAAUAAGCUACGAGGAUGGUUGUGUAACGUUAAAUUCCAAUUACCGGCAGUGCCGUCGUGGCGUUAUUGUCAGCUAGAAGUACCGAGGAUUUAGAUAGGUAAUUAAUUGCUUACCCGAUAUGUAUCGGGCUGUCGGCCGGCUGCGCUAUAAUUGCAGCGCUGCGCUAUAAUUUACACCGCGGUGCAGUGGACGCUUCCCCUAUCCAGAUACGAGGACAGGAAAGAUCCAGAUACGAGGACAGGAAAGAUCCAGAUACGAGAACAGGAAAGAUCCAGAUACGAAGUGAGGAAAGAUCCAAACGCCGAGGAAACAAACGCCGAAACUUAUCCGGAACUAGUCCUAGCGAAAUCAUUAUAACGCAGAUAAUGCAUUACCUAGGCACUAUGUAGAAAAAAUAGAUGAAUCGAUGGUAACCCUGUAACGAACUCUGUUAAAAACGACUUUUAUUUAAAUGAAUUCGUUUGUAAAUAUCUA